UUGUAGUCUAAACCUUCUUUUCAUGCUAUAAACCGUCCAGUUGCGGUACCUUGUCACCUAUUUUCGUCUACGAAGAUACCUACCCCCUGACAGGAUUCCAAGGUAGUCGUCAUCAUUACGUCGUUACCUGUCGUUAUCCGUCGUUUAUACGAACGUUUGAACUUUCGAUAGCACCCGGCAUCUAACCUUGAAGCCUGGAUAGCUAUUUGAGUUCCUAGCAUAGGCUAGCUAGUUUGGGAAGAAUUAAACUAUGAGCGAACCGCCUCGUCGAUCUAGUUUCGGGAUGUUGCUUCGACGCAGUAAAUCGGGUGACCUCGGCAAGGGGAAGAAGCACCAGAAGGACCAACACAGGGAAACCGUGCCCAAAUCUCCUCCACGUCUUCCGGCUCUCUACAAUGGUGCUCAACCUCCUCCGCCUCUACAAAGUUUUGGAGGCGAUGCCCGCCCAGAUUCCUUAGCAAUCGUUUCUGGAACCGCAGACCACUCGUUUCACCGUUAUCCUCCCAGAGCAUCUAUUGACCCUGGCCGUCCUUCGAUGUCUUCAACUUUUGCCAGUCCUCCAGUGCCGCCUGUUCCCAACGGAGGUUGGGUCGACCCCUACGCCCGCACCGAAAGUAUGACGCACCGUGGCCGGUAUAGCUAUGCGAGUAGUGCCGUUAGCACCAUCAACAGCCCUAGAAGAGUUCGUCGAAGGAAGGAUCCUACCCCUUUCAACGUCUUGAUUGUGGGUACUCGUGGUUCCGGAAAGACCUCAUUCCUCGAAUUUCUCAAGACUUCUCUGGCUUUGCCAGCUAAGAAACGAUCUCAGCGAUCGACCGAGAUCGAACAGGAAGUCACCGCCAAUGCCACUCCUUCGGGCAACUUCAUACCGCAUUACCUCGAGAGCGAGAUUGAUGGAGAACGUAUUGGAUUGACCUUAUGGGACUCAGAGGGUCUCGAGAAGAAUGUGGUGGAUCUACAAUUGAGAGAGAUGUCAACCUUCCUAGAGAGCAAAUUUGAGGAGACGUUCGCGGAGGAGAUGAAGGUGGUUCGAUCACCCGGCGUUCAGGACACGCACAUCCACGCAGUAUUCCUCAUCCUAGAUCCGGCUCGCCUAGACCGAAACAUCGCUGCUGAGAAAGCUGCCUCUGUUAAUGGUCAUGGUGGAAAGUAUGAACAGAACGUAGGUCGCAUCGUAGGCGUCCUAGACGAAGACCUUGAUCUGCAAGUCAUGCGAACUCUUCAAGGCAAGACAACGGUGAUCCCGGUGAUAUCAAAAGCCGACACCAUCACCACCGCCCACAUGUCCGUCCUCAAGAAGACAGUAUGGGCUAGUCUUAAGAAGGCAAAUUUCGAUCCUCUCGAACCCCUAGGGCUUGAUGACGAUGAUGAGGCCACGCCAGACUCUAGCAGAAUCGACGAGGCUGAGGAUGAGGAUGGGGAGGGCGAAGAGGCGGCCGAACCAGCGGAGUCUAAAGAAGACAAGGAAGAUUCUGCUAUAGUAGAGGAUGACGACGUUGAUGCGGAUGAAGACGAUCUCCCAAUCCAAGGCAGGGUCUCGCCAGCCUCUAAACGCCGAUCGAAUAACUCCACCCGCAGGUCCAAGUCAUCUGAAGAAGAGGCAAAUGACGAGUCUCCUUUCCUCCCAAUGUCUAUCAUCAGCCCCGACAUCUACGAGCCCGGUGUUGUUGGUCGCAAGUUCCCUUGGGGUUUCGCGGAUCCGUACAACGAGGAGCACUGCGACUUCACUCGCUUGAAGGACGCUGUGUUCAGCGCGUGGCGCGGCGAGUUACGUGAGGCCAGCAGAGAACAAUGGUAUGAGGGAUGGAGAACUAGCCGUCUUAAGCACCGACAACCUGCGACCCGACGUCGAUGAGGCUGAAAGCUGAAUGGCCGGCCGCUAGUAGAUGAGACAUUUCUCUCCACGCUUAGCACGUUUUCUUCAACGCUUUAUGUUUCA